AUGAAUCAAAUGAUGGUGGUAGAAGCGGCGAUGGAGUUUCUGAUGCCGUCAUGGUGGGAGGUGCAAGUCACGGUUGCGGCAGUGGCCUUCGUGUUGGUGGCGUACUGGUUUUUCACUCUAGGUGGCGAGGCAUGCGGCGGCUGCUUUGAUCCGAUGUCAGUUGAUGGUUCCGGUGGCAGUGUAGAUGUAAUUGACGAAAGAGACAAGAUUGGCCAGUUUAAGGGAGACCCUGAAACUAAUUCUGCAUAUUUAAUCAAGGUGGAACUUUUAGCAGCAAAGAAUCUUAUUGGUGCAAAUUUGAAUGGCACAUCAGAUCCUUAUGCAAUUAUCACUUGUGGUACAGAAAAGCGCUUCAGUUCAAUGAUUCCAGGCUCUAGAAAUCCUAUAUGGCGAGAGAAGUUCAAUUUUUCUGUGGAUGAACUUCCUGUACAGAUUAAUGUGACAAUAUAUGAUUGGGAUAUAAUUUGGAAAAGUGCAGUUCUUGGUUCAGUGACAAUUCCUGUGGAAAAUGAAGGACAGACUAGUGCUGUAUGGUAUUCUCUAGACAGUACAUCAGGGCAGGUCUGUCUUCAUAUUAAAACACUAAAGCUACAUGUGCAUUCUCCCAGGGGUUUGAAUGCCUAUGCUGGUGCUAUCAAGCGAAGGAGGCCUAAGGAUAAACAAGGGCCUACAGUUGUUCAUCAGAAACCUGGGCCACUGCAAACAAUAUUUAAUCUUCCUCCUGAUGAGGUUGCCGAACAUAGCUAUUCUUGUGCGCUUGAGAGGUCAUUUUUAUAUCAUGGCCGUAUGUACGUAUCAGCAUGGAACAUCUGCUUCCAUUCUAAUGUAUUUUCGAAGCAAAUGAAGGUAAUUAUACCAAUUGGAGACAUAGAUGAGUUAAGGAGGAGCCAGCAUGCAUUUAUCAAUCCAGCUAUUACUAUAAUUCUUCGUAUGGGUGCUGGUGGACAUGGCGUGCCUCCUUUAGGAAAUCCUGAUGGUCGCGUCGGAUAUAAGUUUGCAUCAUUCUGGAACAGAAAUCAUGCACUGAGAGCAUUACAACGUUCACUAAAUAACUAUCAUGCAAUGUUAGAAGCUGAGAAGAAGGAAAAGGAGCAGUCAGCAUUGCGUGCUCAUAGCAGCUCCACCAGAGGCGGUAGGGGUCAAUCUAAGGUUUCGGAGGACAUUCUGCCCAAAACUGAAAAGUUUCAACCAUUCAUCAAAGAGGAAGUGCUUUCUGGCAUUUACAAUGAUGUCUUUCCAUGCACGGCAGAGCAAUUCUUCAAAUUUUUGCUGGAUGAUGAUUCCAAUUUUACAAAUGAGUAUCGUACAGCUCGACGGGAUACUAAUCUCUCCAUGGGUCAGUGGCAUGCUGCUGAUGAGUAUGAUGGUCAAGUUAGAGAAAUUACUUUUAGAUCCUUGUGUAACAGUCCUAUGUGCCCUCCGAAUACAGCAAUGACAGAGUGGCAGCAUGCUGUCAUGUCAGCAGAUAAGAAAACUCUGGUGUUUGAGACUGUACAACAGGCACACGAUGUUCCAUUUGGUUCAUAUUUCGAGGUUCAUUGUAGAUGGUCUUUGGAUACAAACUCUGAGGCCUCAUGCACUUUGGACAUUAAAGUUGGUGCACAUUUCAAGAAGUGGUGUGUGAUGCAAUCUAAAAUAAAAGCUGGUGCAAUCAACGAGUACAAGAAAGAAGUGGGUAUAAUGUUAGAGGUUGCUCGUUCCUAUAUUAAGUCGAAGACCUCUGGUGGCGAGACAGAUAAUAUUGCCUCUUCUCCCAUUAUUCAAGAGAAUAGAUAA